CUUUACUUCCUGAUUAUUUUGUUUUAAUAAUUUCAAUUUUUUUUCUUUAAGCUUUUCUCUUUUCCCUUCUCUUUCAAGACACUUCAAUUGUUCAGUCUUGAUCUAUUUAUUUCCACCCCCCCUAAUACUUCAUCAUGAGACCAGAAAUUGAACAAGAACUCUCUCAUACUUUAUUAACAGAAUUAUUGGCUUACCAAUUCGCUUCUCCAGUUAGAUGGAUUGAAACCCAAGAUGUCUUUUUAAAACAACACAACACUGAACGUGUUGUUGAAAUUGGUCCUUCUCCAACCUUAGCUGGUAUGGCCUCAAGAACUAUCAAAGCUAAAUAUGAAUCUUACGAUGCUGCUUUAUCUUUACAACGUCAAGUUUUAUGUUACGCCAAAGAUGCUAAAGAAAUUUAUUACACUCCUGAUCCAGCUGACGUGGCUCCUCCAGCUCCAGCUGCUACUGCUAAAGCUUUAGAACCUCAUGUGGGCUCUACUUCUGCUCCUGCCUCUGCUAUUCCUCCAGCUACUACUUCUGGUGCUCCAGCUCCGGCUCCAGCCGCUGCUCCAGCCGCUGCUCCAGCUCCAGCCGCUGCUCCAGCAGGCCCAGCUGCUUCCAUCCCCGAUGAACCAGUUUCUGCCGCCUUGGUCUUACAAGUUUUGGUUGCACAAAAAUUGAAAAAACCUUUGGAUUCAAUUCCAAUGUCAAAAGCUAUUAAAGAUUUGGUUAACGGUAAAUCCACCGUCCAAAAUGAAAUCUUGGGUGAUUUAGGUAAAGAAUUUGGUUCUACUCCUGAAAAACCUGAAGAUACCCCAUUGGAAGAAUUGGCCGAAACUUUCCAAGACUCUUUCAAUGGUCAAUUAGGUAAAACUUCCACUUCUCUUAUUGGUAGAUUAAUGUCCUCUAAAAUGCCUGGUGGGUUUUCUAUUACUGUCGCUAGAAAAUACUUGGAAUCAAGAUUUGGUUUAGGUUCCGGUAGACAAGAUUCUGUUUUAUUAAUGGCUUUAACUAAUGAACCUGCUUCAAGAUUAGGCUCCGAUUCGGAUGCUAAAGAAUUCUUGGAUUCUGUUGCUACUAAAUAUGCUUCUAAUGCCGGUAUCUCUUUAACUUCUGCUAGUGCCGGUGGUGCUGGUGGUGCUGGUGGCGCCGGUGGUGCUGUUAUUGAUAGUGCUGCUUUAGAUGCUAUUACUUCUGAAAAUAAAACUAUGGCUAGACAACAAUUAGAAGUUUUAGCUAGAUACUUACAAGUUGACUUGAAUAAAGGUGCUAAAUCUUUUAUUAAAGAAAAAGAAGCUACUGCUCUUUUACAAAAAGAAUUAGAUUUAUGGGAAGAAGAACAUGGUGAAAUCUAUGCGAAUGGUAUUAAACCAACUUUCUCUCCAUUGAAAUCAAGAACUUACGAUUCUUACUGGAAUUGGGCUAGACAAGAUGUUUUAUCAAUGUAUUUUGAUAUUAUUUUUGGUAAAUUAACUUCAAUUGAUCGUGAAACCAUUAAUCAAUGUAUUCAAAUUAUGAAUCGUUCAAACCCAACUUUAAUCAAAUUUAUGCAAUAUCACGUUGAUCAUACUCCUGAAUAUAAAGGUGAAACCUAUCAAUUGGCUAAAAGAUUAGGUCAACAAUUAAUUGAUAACUGUAAACAAGUUUUAGGUGUUGAUCCAGUUUUCAAAGAUGUUUCUAAAAUUACUGGUCCAAAAACUACCGUUGAUGCCAAAGGUAAAAUUAAUUACCAAGAAGCUAAUAAAGAUUCAGUCAGAAAAUUCGAACAAUAUGUUUAUGAAAUGGCUCAAGGUGGUUCAAUGACCAAACAAAAAGGCCAACCAACUAUUCAUGAAGAUUUAGCCCGUGUUUAUAAAGCUAUCACAAAACAAGCUUCAUUAUCUAAAGGUACUAAAUUGGAAGUUCAAAAAUUAUACAAUGAAUUAAUCAACUAUGUUGAAUCAAAUAAAGAAAUUGAAGUUGACCAACCAACUAAAGAUGUUUUACAAAAAGCUGCUGCUUCUAAUUCUGGUACUUCAACUCCAAAUGAAGAAGAUGAAUCUGCUUCCUCAGAUGACGAAAUUGCUUCAUUGCCAGAUAAAACUUCUAUCUUGCAACCAGUCUCUUCUACCAUCCCACCUCAAACUUUACCUUUCUUACACAUCAAACAAAAGAAUGGUGAUGCUUGGGAAUACUCUUCUAAAUUCUCCUCUACUUACUUGGAUGGUUUGGAAAGUGCUGCUAUUAAUGGUUUAACUUUCAAAGACAAAUACAUCUUAGUUACUGGUGCUGGUGCAGGUUCAAUUGGUGCAGAAAUCUUACAAGGUUUAAUUAGUGGUGGUGCUAAAGUUAUUGUUACUACUUCUCGUUUCUCAAGAAAAGUUACUGAAUAUUAUCAAACCAUGUAUUCCAGAUAUGGUGCUUCUGGUUCCACUUUAAUCGUUGUUCCUUUCAAUCAAGGUUCUAAGAAGGAUGUUGAAAGCUUAGUUGACUAUAUUUACAAUGAUCCAAAGAAUGGUGGUUUAGGUUGGGACUUGGAUGCUGUUAUCCCAUUCGCAGCCAUUCCAGAAAAUGGUAAUGGUUUAGAUAAUAUCGAUUCGAAAUCAGAAUUAGCCCACAGAAUUAUGUUGACCAACUUGUUAAGAUUAUUGGGUUACGUUAAAACCAAAAAAGUUUCUGAAACUAGACCAGCUCAAGUUAUUUUACCACUUUCUCCAAAUCAUGGUACUUUCGGUUUUGAUGGUUUAUACUCUGAAUCUAAGAUUUCUUUAGAAACCUUAUUCAACAGAUGGUACUCUGAAGACUGGGGAAAUAAAUUGACCAUUUGUGGUGCUGUUAUUGGUUGGACUAGAGGUACUGGUUUGAUGAGUGGUAACAACAUCAUUGCUGAAGGUAUUGAAAAAUUAGGUGUCAGAACCUUCAGUCAAAAAGAAAUGGCUUUCAAUAUCUUAGGCUUAUUAACUCCUGAAAUUGUCAAUUUAUGUCAAGAAGAACCAAUUAUGGCUGAUUUGAAUGGUGGUUUACAAUUUAUUGAAAACUUGAAAGAGUUCACUCAUAAAUUAAGAACUGAUUUAGUCGAUACUGCUGAUAUUAGAAGAGCUGUUUCAAUUGAAUCUUCUAUUGAACAAAAAGUUAUCAAUGGUGAUAAUGUUGAUGCUAACUACUCUAAAGUUGUUGUUCAACCAAGAUCUAAUAUGAAAUUCGAAUUCCCAACUAUGAAACCUUAUGAACAAAUUAAAGAAGUUGCUCCUCAAUUAGAAGGUAUGUUAGACUUGAACAGUGUUAUCGUUGUUACCGGUUUUGCUGAAGUUGGUCCAUGGGGUAAUGCUAGAACCAGAUGGGAAAUGGAAGCCAAUGGUGAAUUCUCUUUGGAAGGUUGUAUUGAAAUGGCCUGGAUUAUGGGUAUGAUUAAAUAUCAUAAUGCUAACUUAAAGGGUAAACCAUACUCUGGUUGGAUUGAUGCUAAAACCCAACAACCAGUUGAUGAUAAAGAUAUCAAAUCUAAAUAUGAAGAAGAAAUCUUGGCUCAUACUGGUAUCCGUCUCGUUGAACCAGAAUUAUUCGAUGGUUAUGAUCCAAAUAAGAAAAAGAUGAUUCAAGAAGUUGUUAUUCAACAUGACUUGGAACCAUUUGAAUCUUCAAAGGAAACUGCCGAACAAUACAAACACCAACACGGUGAUAAAUGUGAAAUCUUUGAAAUUGAUGAAAGUGGUGAAUACACUGUUAAAAUCUUGAAGGGUGCUACCUUAUAUGUUCCAAAAGCUUUAAGAUUUGAUAGAUUAGUUGCUGGUCAAAUCCCAACUGGUUGGAAUCCAAAACAAUAUGGUAUUCCUGAAGAUAUCAUUUCUCAAGUUGAUCCAAUCACCUUAUAUGUUUUGGUUUCUACUGUGGAAGCUUUAUUAUCUGCUGGUGUUACUGAUCCUUAUGAAUUCUAUAAAUAUGUUCAUGUUUCAGAAGUUGGUAACUGUUCUGGUUCAGGUAUGGGUGGUGUUUCUGCUUUGAGAGGUAUGUUCAAGGACAGAUACCAAGAUCAACCUGUCCAAAACGAUAUCUUACAAGAAUCUUUCAUUAAUACUAUGUCUGCUUGGGUUAACAUGUUGUUAUUAUCAUCAUCCGGUCCAAUCAAGACCCCAGUUGGUGCUUGUGCUACCGCUGUUGAAUCUGUUGAUACUGGUAUUGAAACUAUUUCUUCAGGUAAAGCUAAGAUUGUUCUUGUUGGUGGUUAUGAUGAUUUCCAAGAAGAAGGUUCUUAUGAAUUUGCUAACAUGAAUGCUACUUCUAAUGCUCUUAAGGAAUUCGAACAUGGUAGAACUCCUCAAGAAAUGUCUAGACCAACCACUACUACUAGAAAUGGUUUCAUGGAAUCUCAAGGUUCUGGUAUUCAAGUUAUUAUGACUGCUGAUUUAGCUAUCAAAAUGGGUGUUCCAAUUUAUGCUGUUCUUGCUUUAACUGCUACUGCUACUGAUAAGAUUGGUAGAUCAGUUCCUGCUCCAGGUAAAGGUAUUUUAACUACUGCUCGUGAACACCAUGGUGACUUGAAAUACCCAUCUCCAAUGUUGAACAUCAAAUACAGAGCUCGUCAAUUGAAACAAAGAUUAGGUCAAAUCAAAUUAUGGGAAGAAAGUGAAAUUGAAUUCUUGAAUGAAGAAGCUGAAUUAGCUAAAGAAGAUUAUGGUGCUGAAUUCUCUGAAGCUGAUUUCUUACGUGAAAGAACUGAAGAAAUUCACCGUGAAGCUAGACUCCAAGUUUCAGAAGCUAAGAAACAAUGGGGUAACAACUUCUACCAAAAUGAUCCAAGAAUUGCUCCAUUAAGAGGGGCUUUAGCUGCUUUCGAUUUGACUAUUGAUGAUUUAGGUGUUGCUUCAUUCCAUGGUACUUCUACUGUUGCUAAUGAUAAGAAUGAAUCUGCCACUAUCAAUUCAAUGAUGAAACAUUUGGGUAGAUCCGAAGGUAAUCCAGUUUUCGGUGUUUUCCAAAAAUACUUAACUGGUCAUCCAAAAGGUGCUGCCGGUGCUUGGAUGUUGAAUGGUGCCAUUCAAAUUUUGAAUUCUGGUAUUGUUCCUGGUAAUAGAAAUGCUGAUAAUGUCGAUAAGGUCUUGGAAGAUUAUGAAUACGUCUUAUAUCCUUCCAGAACCAUCCAAACCGAUGGUAUCAAAGCUGUCUCUGUUACCUCUUUCGGUUUCGGUCAAAAAGGUGCUCAAGCUGUUGUUGUUCACCCAGAUUACUUAUUUGCAGUUAUGGAUAAAUCUUCAUAUGAAGAUUAUGCUGUUAAAGUUAAUGCUCGUAACAAGAAAGCUUACCGUUACAUGCAUAACGCUAUGACCCGUAACACCAUGUUUGUUGCUAAAGAUAAAGCUCCAUAUGCUGAUGAAUUAGAACAACCAGUUUACUUGGAUCCAUUGGCUCGUGUUAACGAUGAAAAAUUGUUGAAUUUUUCCAAAAAGGAUGUCCAAGGUAACACCUAUGUUUCUAAGGUUGCUGACGCCACUGCUAAAUCUUUAGCUGCUUUGAAUAAAUCAAACAAAGGUGUUGGUGUUGAUGUUGAAUUAUUGUCUGCCAUUAAUACUGAAAAUGAUACCUUCAUCGAAAGAAACUUCACCCCAGAAGAAAUUGCUUACUGUCAAAGCUCUUCUUCUCCUCAAGCUUCUUUCACUGGUACUUGGUCUGCCAAAGAAGCUGUCUUCAAAGCCUUGGGUGUUAAAUCUCAAGGUGCCGGUGCUUCUUUGAUUGAUAUCCAAAUUAACCGUGACUCCAAUGGUGCUCCACAAGUCUCUUUAUCAGGAGCUGCUAAAGCUGCCGCUGCUAAAGCUGGUAUCAAGAACCUCAAUGUUUCUAUCUCCCAUGAUGACUUCCAAGCUACUGCUGUUGCUUUAAGUGAAUUUUAAAUCUGAUUUAACUAUUUAUGUAUUGUUUUUUUGAAUAACUAUUCAACAUAAGUAUCUUUUGAUAAAAAUUUCAG